CGGAACACCACCCUACAUCGAAGCAUCCAAAUUCAAAACCAAAACCCUCACAUUAUGUGUCUUCCCCUUUCUUCUCUUCUCCUUUCUCACUCUCUCUCACACACACACACACACAACACAGCAAAUGGCAAUACCUAUUCUGCAAAACGAGCUUCGCUGCUUCGUCCAAUCCAUGUACGACGAGGGAAUUGUUAAUGAGCAAUUCUUUCAGAUUCAGUAUAUGAAGGAAAUGAUUCGGAACGAUUAUGCUGUGAGAGCAAUCACUAGCUACUGCGUUUCUUGCACUAGGCUGUUUUCUACUUUGUCGGAUCAAAUCUGCCAAAACGAGGUUGAUUUUCAAAGGGUUCGUGAUCUUGCUUCUGAACUCUAUGCAAUAUCAUGCAGUUUUGGCGCAAAGAAUGUUAGAUUUGCAUGUGUUGAUCUUCUUCAUGCUUGUGAGAGGAAAGAUAAGAAUUUCUGCUCCCAGGCUUUAAAUUGGACCAAGAACAGAUUUUGUCAUUUGAGGAUAAAACUUGAAACCCUUGUGCAGAUGGAGAGGACUAUUAUUGAUCUUCUGAAUAUUCAGUGAAAAGAAUGGAUCACUUAUGAUAUCCACAACUGAAGCAUAUCUGGUUGAGAUUUCAGAUAUGAUUUGUUGACUUCAGUUGCUGUUUUCUAUGCCUUAGCCUCAGUGAUAUUCCAAAAGUUGGCCUCCCUAGCUCGUGAAAUGGAGGAAAAGAGCGCAAGGUAACUUGCAUUUUCUAUCUAUUACAAUUAUUUGAGUCGUUAAUUAGGAACCUUUAUUCAUACGCUGUGCAUCUAUUUGCUUUGUUAUCAUUUUCCUGAAUUGGAGAUGGGCAUUUAGUCUAUAUCAGGAACCAGUGCUUUCUAAAUGGUAUAAAAAUGCGAAAAGAACUCUUUUUAAACAGAAUGGCUUUACUUUUUUACUUCAUACAUCUGUCUUUUUCUAUUUUACUUUUUUUCUUUUAGAUUAUCGUGAGAUUUUUGUCAAUGUAAAUCUUGACCUACGAGCAUCAGCUGUUGAGCAAUGGCUCAGUAAUUGUUUUGGUAGAGAUUCAAAACCAUGUCUAGCCUCCACCCAAUACUUUAAGCUGUAUAACCAAGUGAUUAGAAGUUUAAUCCUUACUGUACCCAUUCUUCAUAAUAAUAAAAUAAAUGUCAGCUCAAGAUAAAGUGAAUAAGUGCAUUUCCACGCUUUUGCUUGAGGGGCAAUGUCAAAGAUUUUGAAGUUAAAAAUAAAACCAGUCUUAGACCUUCACUAAUAACUUUUCAUUUAUGGAGUUGGUUUCUAACUGUUUUCAUUAGUAACCUGAAAAAAGUGAGAGUACUAAGUACAGUUUGCAGCAUUGAACACACUGUGGAAUAUAAAGCUAAUUAACAUACUUCCCACUUCCCCUUUUUCUGAUAUUGUGCACAAUUGGUUGACACUCUGCCACCUCCAACCUCUUCUCGUGUUUGUUUGUUUGCAUUUAUCAGAUAUCUUUUAACUAUUUAAUGUAAUAUGUUUAAAGAUCAUUGAUUACAGCUUGUGGAGUUUUAGUCCUGCUAUUCAAGUUGAUACCAUCUGGUAAGCUAGAUAUUUUUUAUAUUUUAUCAUUUCCAAGUACGUGAUGAACCAUUGCAUGUUAUCAUGAGAAUGAAGGUAAUAUAAACAUAAAGCAUUUUGUUUUUACUAAAAAAGGAAAACAGAAAAAUUAAAGAAAAUUUGUUAUACAAGUUUUAUCGCAAUUUUUCACAGUAAUUGAUAUUAGAAUCCUACCAGGUACCUUUAUUAUGUUAAUGGACAUGGAUGCUAAUGAGAAAUGUGCUUAUAAUGCAUUUACUGCUAAGAAUAAUGUGAAAUGAGUACUUGUCUUUUGAAUCUUUGACUGGCCUGUUUCAAUAAGUGACUGCUUUUAUACAAGAAGUACUGUUUUGUUCGAGAGAUGACAUGUAGUAUUGGAUUAUGUAACUAAAAAAAGAUGUGUAUUUGUUUGGAGCUUGAUUACUUAGUUGUUUCUUUGGAAUUUGUUAAAUUUAAUAUUCGUAAAUUUCUUUUUUUGGUGUGAACAGUAAAGGUGAUUGAAUGGUAGCUUGACUUAAGAACCACUCGUAUCCUUCAGCGUAAGAUAACCCAUGUGAUGACAUCUCUUCUCUCUCUCUCUCUCUCACACACACACAUGCACAUUUGCUUGCUUGCAGGGGCAGGGUACACACAAACACCUUGAUUGAAAAUUUUCAGGUAUGUGCAGAAUCGUAGACCAUUAUUUGUUAACAAGAAGAAAGUUCAUGACUUAGUGUUCUUUCAAAACAUGAAUCAUUUCCACUUCCUAAAUGUAUUCUUUUUUAAGCGUAUGU